AGUUCAAGCCCUUAGUUACCCCUCCUCCCUUUCUUUCUUCUUCCUAGAAAUGCUCAAAACACAUGCAGCCCCUUCUCCAUCUCUAUCUAAACGUCUCUCCUCCGUAAAAACUCAUCGUCUCUCUCCGCGUGUUUAUAUACAUAUAUAUCUAUUUAUAUAGAUAUAUAGCGAGUCUGUUUGACUCGGUGAUUGGAGAGGCCGAGUCAGGGGUGGUGGUGGAGAACCAGCCAUGACUCGCCGGUGUUCUCAUUGCAGCAACAACGGCCACAACACUCGAACUUGUCCGUCGAGAGGCGGUGGUGGUGGCGUGAAGCUGUUUGGGGUUAGACUCACCGAUGGUUCGAUCAUCAAGAAGAGUGCGAGUAUGGGGAACCUCUCUGCGCACUACCAUUCGUCUUCAUCCGCCGCCGCUUCACCCAAUCCCAGCUCUCCUUCCUCCGACCCUCUCCGCGACCCGGUUCACGUGCCCGAUGGAUACCUAUCCGACGAUCCUGCUCACGCCACGUGUUCCUCCAAUCGCCGUGCCGAACGCAAGAAAGGUACUCCUUGGACAGAAGAGGAGCAUCGUUUGUUCCUACUUGGACUCCAGAAGUUAGGGAAAGGAGACUGGCGCGGGAUAUCACGCAGUUAUGUUAUAUCAAGGACUCCUACACAGGUAGCAAGCCAUGCCCAAAAGUAUUUUAUCCGGCAGAGUAAUGCUACUCGAAGAAAGAGAAGAUCCAGCCUUUUUGACAUGGUUCCAGAGAUGGCCACGGAUCCACCAUCAGUGCCAGAAGAACAAUUCAUGCUUCCUCCUCCUCAAGCAGUGGAAGCUGAUAAUCAGAACACACUGCCUUCUUUAAGCCUCUCUCUCAAACCUGAAUUUGAACCCGUGGAAGCUAAUUCCCUUGAAAUGGUUGAAGAAGCCAAAGAAACCGGUACGCCAUCAAGUGAAAUCCCGCCAGUGGUUCCUGCAUUCUUCCCAGCUUUUCUACCCAUGUCACUUUCAUUGUGGCCAUCAAAUGCAGCCCCUGCUGAAGAAGAGAGAGGUGUAGAAACAUCUCACCAUCAGGUCUUGAAGCCAAUUCCGAUCCUUCCGAAAGAACCUGUGAAUGUAGAUGAAUUAGUGGGUAUGUCCCAGCUCAGUCUGGGAGAGACUAAAACUGGCCUCAUAGAGCCUUCACCGCUCUCCUUAAAACUACUAGGAGAACCAUCGAGGCAGUCAGCGUUCCAUGCAAGCACCCCCGGGAACGGGUCAGAUAUAGGCAAGGGCAAGACUAAUGCUAUCCAGGCACUUUAAAUGGGGGAUAAGCGACUUCUGUUUAGGUUUCUUCUCUUUCUUAGCAAAUCUCUUGUACAAUUGUAUUCUGCUUUCAGAAGGGUACGUUAAUCUUAUCUCCUCAGUAUCAUGUAAUUUUGUGAUUCUCAGCAACCAGUUUAGAUUAAAUUUAUUGAAAAUAUUUAUUCUUUCUAA